GCCGGCGGCGGCUCCGCGGGCUCCGGUUGCUCCCGCCUUCCCAGCGCUAUUAGCGGCCGUAGCCGCGCACCCUGGCCGGCCCGAAGGAGCGGAGGUCAUGAUUUCCAGCUUCUCAGAGCCGAGUCUCCAGUGGAGGAAAUGACUGUCAGGGAUCUUGCUCCAGAUCUGUUACAGAGACUGAACCUUCACAGGGUGCAAACUUGCCCAGGACAGGAAAGUUUCUCUCGUUGAAGGGCUUGACGUCCAUAACAAAGUAAAGAUGACGACUUCGUCUAUCAGACGGCAGAUGAAAAACAUUGUGAACAAUUACUCAGAAGCCGAAAUAAAAGUACGGGAAGCCACCUCCAAUGACCCGUGGGGCCCGUCCAGCUCUCUGAUGACCGAGAUCGCUGACCUGACCUACAAUGUGGUGGCCUUCUCAGAGAUCAUGAGCAUGGUGUGGAAGCGGCUCAAUGACCAUGGCAAGAACUGGCGGCAUGUGUAUAAGGCCCUGACGCUCCUGGACUACCUCAUCAAGACGGGCUCUGAGCGGGUGGCCCAGCAGUGCCGAGAGAAUAUCUUUGCCAUCCAGACACUGAAGGACUUCCAGUACAUUGACCGUGAUGGCAAGGACCAGGGCAUCAAUGUGCGUGAGAAGUCAAAGCAACUGGUGGCCCUCCUCAAGGACGAGGAGCGACUGAAAGCUGAGAGGGUCCAGGCCCUCAAAACCAAAGAGCGCAUGGCCCAGGUUGCCACUGGUAUGGGCAGCAACCAGAUCACCUUUGGUCGUGGCUCCAGCCAGCCCAACCUCUCUACCACCUACUCGGAGCAGGAGUAUGGCAAGGCCGGGGGAUCACCAGCCUCCUAUCAUGGCUCGCCCGAGGCCUCGCUGUGCCCCCAGCACCGCACGGGGGCCCCGCUGGGUCAGAGCGAGGAGCUGCAGCCGUUGAGCCAGCGUCACCCCUUCCUGUCGCACCUGGGGCUGGCCUCCCACCCAAAUGGUGACUGGUCCCAGCCCUGCCUCACUUGUGACCGCGCAGCCCGAGCCUCCACUUCCCCUCGGGUGUCCUCCGAGCUGGAGCAGGCCCGGCCCCAGACGAGCGGAGAAGAAGAACUGCAGCUACAGCUGGCGCUUGCCAUGAGCAGAGAAGUGGCUGAGCAGGAAGAGCGCCUCAGGCGGGGUGACGACCUCAGACUACAGAUGGCCCUGGAAGAAAGCCGGAGAGACACUGCUCAAGUUCCAAAAAAGAAAGAGCCCGGCUCCUACCCACAGCAGACCACUCUGUUGGAUCUAAUGGACGCCCUCCCCAGCUCAGGCCCUGCUGCCCAGAAAGCAGAGCCCUGGGGCCCACCAGCCUCAGCUAACCAGACCAACCCCUGGGGUGGGCCAGCAGCCCCAGCCAGCACUUCGAACCCCUGGCCAUCAUUUGGUGCCAAGCCCGCUUCCUCUGCCGACCCCUGGGGAGUUGCCCCCGGAGCCAGCACACACUCGGUCUCCACGAGCGCAGAUUCCUGGGCAGCCCCACAGCAGCCUGCCCCCAGUGCCGAGAAAACCGCUGGCGCCUGGGCCGCAGCCUCUGCCGCCCAGCCCACGCCCUCUGGAGCCUUGGAUCUCUUCAGGAAUUUGAAUGGGACAAUUAAAGAUGACUUUUCUGAAUUUGACAACCUCCGAACUUCAAAAAAAACAGCUGAGGUGGUGGCCUCUCUGCCAUCCCAAAAAAAUGGAACUACGAGCCCCGACCCCUUUGAGUCUCAGUCCUUGACCAUCACCUCGAGCAAGCCCAGCAGCGCCCGGAAAACACCGGAGUCCUUCCUGGGCCCCAAUGCGGCCCUGGUGAACCUGGACUCGCUGGUGACCAGGCCAGCCCCGCCGGCCCAGUCCCUCAACCCUUUCUUGGCACCAGGUGCAGCUGCGGCUUCGGGCCCGGUCAACCCAUUCCAGGUGAACCAGCCCCAGCCUCUGACACUGAACCAGCUGCGGGGAAGCCCAGUGCUGGGGACCAGCACAUCCUUCGGGCCUGGCCCAGGUGUGGAGCCCCUGGCUGUGGCCUCCAUGACCUCCACAGCCUCACACCCCGCCCUAGGGGCCAGCAGUUCCUCUCUGACGCCGUUAGGCCCUGCCACAAUGAACACGGUGGGCAGCGUGGGCAUCCCCCCAUCGGCAGCGCAGGCUACUGGCACAACCAACCCUUUCCUUCUCUAGUGCCCAGGCCCGGGCCCGCAGCGGAGCAAAUGCCCCGAGCACCUGUGUCCGAGGACGCCACGCAGGGACUCCCGCUGUGGAAUGGUGUCUGAGAGUCGGGGUGGGGUAGGCCUUUCCGCCCGUUUCCUGUGGAAGGGUCGUCUUUAUAGCCCAUCCUCAGACUCGAGCGGGCGGCUCGCUGAGCGGCAGGUCCGGUGCGCAGCUCUCUGCACCUUCUGGCGCCCUGCUCGCCCACCCCAGCCUGGCCCCUGGACGCCUCCUCCCAAGUGCAGGGUGCCGGCUCCUGUGAGGACCAGCAGGCUCUCCGGGCCUCGGUUAGGGAGCAGCAUCCUCACUGUCGCCCUUGCCUGGAGCUCCACCUGAGUGAGGGUCUUGAGACACUGCCUCACCAGGACUUGGGGUGGCCGCCUUGUCUUUGCCCUUCACCCCUAGCCCUGCCCACACCCAGGCAGCCCCAGGUGUGGCUGGAAUGAAGUGCCGGCUCCGUUAGACCCGGACCUGUAGGGGAAGUGGUUGUGCAUAUUUCCCUGACUCGUGUGUGAGUUCGGAGGAAACCACCACCGUGGAACCACUGGCAGUGACCCGCUGGGGCAGCUCCCGCCUGGCCCGGGCGCGGCCCCGCACAGCUGUGCUCGUGUGUUUGCACAUGUUCCGUUUAGUGCAGUUUCUCUUUGAGUUUGCAGAAUUAUCUAAUAGUCUUUUUUUGGCUAAUAUUUUUAUAACGUGGUUCUUAUUUAACUGUCUAGUUUUGAUAGAAUUUACCAGGUCAGGCUGAAUUAAGAUAUUGGCACAUGUCAUGUUAGUAGUUUAAAUUCUCUUAUUUAUGGUUUUAACUCUGUAAGAAAAUUUAAAUAGGAAGAGACAAAAAAAAUGCCUUAUGGAAAAACUAAAGCAAAUUCUUUAUAGGAAAAAUAUGAGAAUUUGAUUACACUUAAAAGAUUAUGUUUAUUUAAAAAAACAAAACAAAAAAAAAACCAACAGCAACAAAAAGAAACCUCUAGCCUCCAGUUGCCUUUUCCUUUAAUUCCCUUUUUUGGUGAAUUACCAAACUGAUUGACUUUCAGCCUUUUUGGCCAGAUGCUAAGAAAGAAACUAUUUUUCUUACUGAUAUACCAGCAUCAAAAAGUUAAAGAAAAAAAUCUAAUGUAUGAAUGUGACUCACCAGUGUUUAUCAGCUAACUCCUCUGUAACUGAAGGCAUGCAUGGAUUAACAGGGACUCCGUCUGCCUCGGGGAUGUGAAGCGGGAGACGUCUUGGCCUGUGUGUCUGAUCUCUGUCUUGAUCCUCCCUCAGGAUAAAGAUAAGGAUAACGUGGAGAAACACUUGUCUGGGGGGCAGGGGACUUCUUAGCCCCCGGCUCUCUGGGGGUCUGAUGGCUGAGACAGGGUGAGGGACCAGGGCUGGCCCUGACCCACCCACCUGCUAACUCCAGACACACAUCACAGACUUAAAAAUCAUCAUCUCUUAUUUUGGAGAAGAACAAAAAAAUCGUUCUCACACAGGAUAGAAUUUAACAAACAUGCAUUACUGUUACCUCCCUCCGCCCACUUCCUCUUGUCCUCACCCUACCCACCACUAUAAAAAGUAUUAGGUCAUGAACUAAAGACCAGAAAAGACUUGCUUCUCCCCAGGAAAGUGACAUUUCCCCUGAACCCUGUGUCUGGUCAGCUUGCCUCACAUUCCACCGUGGAUUCCUUAACUCUGCUAACAGAAGGGCAGCUGAUCUCUGGUGGUCCCUCUGAGCAGGGACGGGCCCCUCUGGGCGCAGGAGAGGACCUGCCAGGAGUCAUGCGGGCUGCAGCCCAUUCAGACUGCCCUCCCGUCCCUUCUGUUUCCGCGUCCUGGGCCCACUGUGGGCUCCAAAGGCUACUUCUGGCCUCUUGGAGCCUGGGGGUGGGUGGAGGCAGUGGACUCAGGCAGGGUGCUUCCCAGGCCGGUGCGGCCUGGCCACCAGCCGGUCAGACUACACUCGGCUGCUUGGGUCGGUGCUGCUUCUCUAACAGUCGGUCCCUCCUGCAGUGCAGCCCCCAGGCCGCCCAGACGCCCGCCCCCAGCACAGGCACCUUGGCCCCACUGCCCGCUGCACUGAUCUGGAAGCCACCAGCCGUGGCCACGCCUGCUGUCCACGUGCCGUCACAUUCCCUUCUGGCAGGCACUCUGGUGGGGGUCACCAAGCCAUUUCCUCACUCCCAGGGUCCGG